CUUUCCUGACUUAAACAGCCAAAGCAGUUUGCGCCCAGUGGAGAGCGAUCCGCAGUUGUGUGGCAGUUGUUGCCAGUGAGGCAAGCUAGAAUGUAGAGAACCUGUAGCCUAUUUGUACUUGCAAUAUGAAGAAUGGAAGAAGACGAUGUUACCAUCAGAGAGCAGAAUUUUCACAGUCAAGUUCGAGAGUAUAUCAUUUGCUUCCUCCUGUUUGCCGUCCUCUACGUCGUCUCCUACUGCAUUAUAACCAGAUACAAAAGGAAAAGUGACGAUCACGAGGAUGAAGAUGCUGUCGUCAACAGGAUAUCAUUAUAUUUGUGCACAUUCACGCUGGCUGUGUCCGGCGGUGCCGUCUUCCUCCUGCCUUUCUCAAUUAUUAGCAGCGAGAUCCUUCUCUCCUUCCCCAGAAACUACUACAUUCAGUGGCUCAAUGGUUCCCUCAUUCAUGGUCUGUGGAACCUGGUGUCGCUGUUCUCCAACCUUUGCCUCUUUGUCCUGAUGCCAUUUGCCUAUUUCUUUCUGGAGUCUGAGGGAUUUGCUGGAUCGAAAAAGGGCAUAAAGGCUCGCAUUCUGGAGACGUUUGUGAUGCUCUUCCUGCUGGCUUUGCUCAUUCUUGGCAUUGUGUGGGUGGCAUCAGCCCUGAUUGACAAUGAUGCAGCAAGUAUGGAAUCACUCUAUGAUCUUUGGGAAUUCUACCUGCCAUACCUCUAUUCCUGUAUAUCCCUGAUGGGAGGACUGCUUUUGCUAAUGUGCACUCCUGUGGGGAUGUCCAGGAUGUUUACUGUCGUGGGCCAGUUAUUAGUGAAACCGACGAUCCUGGAGGACCUGGAUGAGCAGAUUUACUGCAUCCAUUUGCAGGAGGAAGCCCUUCAGAGGAGAUUAAACGGAUCAUCUUCACACACCUACAUCCGAGGGAGCUUUACUUUUCAACUCACCAAAGAACUGGACAAUAUUAGAAAUCAGAAGAAUAAACUGGAGAGAAGAAAGAAAGCAUCAGGAUGGGAGAAGAACUUGUUGUAUCCCAUAGUGAUGCUGAUCCUGCUCGCAGGAACGACAAUCUCUGUUAUUAUGGUGGCGCUGAACAUCCUCUACCUUCUAGUGGAUGAGACGGCCAUGCCCAAGGGAUCCACGGAGCGAGGCAUUGGGAACACGUCUUUGUCCACAUUUGGCGUGAUUCAGGCGGUGGUGGAGAUCAUCCUCAUGUUCUACUUGAUGGUGUCUUCCGUCGUUGGAUUCUACAGCCUGCGUGUCUUUGAGGGAUUCACUCCCAGGAAGGAUGACACAACCAUGACAACGAUCAUCGGCUGCUGUGUGUCCAUCUUGGUCCUCAGCUCAGCUCUACCAGUGAUGUCCAGAACUCUUGGUAUCACCAGGUUUGAUCUCUUGGGGGACUUUGGGAGAUUUAAUUGGCUGGGAAACUUCUACAUCGUCCUCUCAUACAACUUGCUCUUUGCUGUUGUGACAACUCUUUGUCUUGUGAGAAAAUUCACCUCUGCAGUGCGAGAAGAACUCCUGAAGGCCCUAGGUCUGGAUAAAUUGCAACUGUCAAACAGCCCCGCAGACCCCGAAUCUGGGAAGCUCUCGGCCAAUGGGCAUCAGAAAACUCUGUGAAAGGGACGAUGGAUCAGCACACACACAUACGCACGCACACGCACACACACACACAUGCUAGCAGAGCCACAGGAAGAUUUCAACAGUACUGUCUGAGUGCUGAAAGGUGAAAAGGAUAGGAAGGAACUUAAUAAACCCAGGCACUGUCUGACUGUUGCUGCAAAUGGAGGCUGAGAGCAAUUUAGCUUCGUGACAUUCCAUCCUCUGCGUCUUUGAUGGAAGCUGGGACAGAGCCAGGGCGGAGACAGAGGAGUGAAAAAGACUGGCAUCAAUGGACUGACCUUGAUGCUAACCUCAACUGUGACUUUAAACUACCCAUCUCUUGCUUCUGGGGCAUUCUUGCACCCGUCGUCGUCACCUUACUUCCUUUUGCAACUCCUACCUUUGCACUAGAUAAAAGCAGUUUCUGCUUGGUUCCGUUUCUGUAUGAAAGUCUUAAAUCAGUUGCUGAAGUAGAACCCAACCAUUCAAUUACAAAGGUAUUUAAAUUCAUGUUUUUCUAUUUAAUGUUGGUGAGAAACUCAGAAUAAUUUUUUUUUAAUUAUUUUUUUUGUUGGUUGCUUUUUUUCUUAGUGAUGCAAGCAUGACAGGAUCUCAAUUUGUCGUUUUCUUCUUUGAACUCAAAAUAAGAAGAAAAACUGACAAAAAAUGCUUUUUGAAACAUGGUAACUUGUGUUUUAUUCCCACUGAACAGACCCAGAGCAGAAUGCUUAACCGCAUUGUGGGUUGCAUUUUAUGCAUUGUACCUGUCAGGUCUGAACGUUGUAUCUUGUAAUUUUGUUGUCGUAUGUGUUUUUAUCUGGCUUUAUGCAAGUGGGCAAGCUUUAACUUUUUGAUGAUGUCAGUCUGUAUGAAGGAAGACACUGUUUUUUUGGUUUUUUUAAGGUGCUCCUGAUUUGAUUUAAGCCAAUCAGAAAUUGGCUGUUUUUAACCAAGCCAAAUCUCACUGAUUGGAAAACUUUAGUUAAUCUGAAGGGAAUCUGUAGUUUUGUCUUACUUUUAAUUUUUGCACAUCUUGCAUAUUUUUGCUCUUUCAAAAAGAAAAAAAACAGGCACACACAAGAAACUGUUUUGUAAAUGUUGUACUUACAUGUAUAUAAUAAUUUGUUUCAGAUUUUAUUCCAAUGUUUGGAUGUAAAUAAUCAUUUUUCACUGAGCCCACUGAAGGUUUUACAGAAAGCAUCUUUGAUAUUAUUUUAAUCAUAUGUGUUCUGAGAUUCAGACAUGGUAGGCUUGGAAUAUUGCAGCACAGAUGUAUCUGUUUGCAUCGACCUCACCCUUGGCAGAGCCAAGGAUAGUAGAUAUUCAAUAAACACAGAUGGAUUUGCAUUUGGCUCCCUUAGAAGAUUGUGGAAGUGAACAAUUUGAUUUACCAGUAAUUUAGAGGGCCUGUCUACAAUUUGUUUGUAGUGAAAUAUAAUUUAAAGACAAUAAAGAAGUGCAAGUGAAAGAAGGUUUUGCUACAGGAUCAACAUCGACUUCAUCUGUAAAUCACACACAAUUUGUUCUAUGAAUUCACGGAGCACCACAAGCCAGCCAGUUUCGUAGCCAAGAGAAAGACUUGGUAACUCAGGCGUCUCUCUACGUUUUGUUGCAUUGCUGCGUAAUCUUCUAAACUGUGAUUUUCUUUGUCUUCACAAUCACCUCGAAUGCCUUAUGACAAAACAUCUUGUAGGCGUAAUGUAAUGGUAAUUGGUCUCUUUGCACAGCCACACUGUGAUCCUAUCUGCCACUCAGUUUCUGCUUCAAAGCCAGCUAUAUGUUACUUUUUUUUUCACCAUUUAGUGUUUAGGAAGGAGCUUCAUUUUUGAGCACUUUCUUGCAUUAGUUGGAAUGAUUCUGCUUGGAUGUAGAGCAGCAUUGUUUUUCUUUGUCAUGACAAAUAGAAAUCUGAAGUCAUAUAUGCAUUCAAGACUUGAACGAAAGAAAAUGUGCUUUUUUUUUUUUUUAAUACACUGGCAAUGUCAUGCAGUACACAAAAAUAUAACAAAGGGCAUCCAGUAAUAUUUCCCAAUAAUGCAAAACAAAUAACUUUCUGUUCAGCCAGAUAUAUUUUGUUUUUGUUUGUAUCUUAUUGGUCUUUGGAUGAUGUGAAGAUGUGCAUUCUGAUUUUUUAAUAUUAAUUUACAAUACUGUGAUAUUGUAAAUUAAUUAAGAUUUAAACAGUUUUCUUUGUAAGACAGUCAGAUGAAUGAGUCAAAGUAAAGAUUUUCUCCUUUCAAAUGCGCAAGCUGUAAGUUAGUGAAAUAUUGAAAUAAAAUAACAGUUCCAUUGGCUUAAGAAAAGUGGACUUUUUGGUAAUUCUUAGGAAAAAUAUAACUUCACAUAUAAAUAUUGGACCACUUUUCAUUUGAAAUGAUUUUUCUGGUUUUCCAGUCCAUACUGUCUGUGUUUGAAUGAAGGUGUCAAGUCGUCGUGUGCUGCAGGUGUAACUUUUAUUUCGAUCCAUCUGUCUGUUAAUCUCUGCAUGUAAAUUUUGGUACAUGUUUUUGUGAAUGUAUUUUUUACAAUUUCUCAGUUUAAUAAAUGGUAUUUUUGUGGUUUGUGUGUUUGCAAAUAAAAGUAAAAUGUUUACCUGC